GUCGGGGCGGGGCGAUGCGAUUAACCCUGCGGGGCCCGGGCCGGGGCGCGUAGCGGCGGCGGUUGGGCUCGCUCGGGAGCGGCCCCCCGCCCCGGCAGCGGCAGCGGCAGCGGCAGCAGGUGGUGGUGGUGGUGCCAUGCGGGACUGUGAUGGGUAAUACUCCUGAUCUGAAUUGAUGGAUCCAACAGAAGCUAAAUGAACAUGAGCUGCCUAUGUAGGAGAUUUUACCAGCAAUUGUACUAAAUACUUCACUGCUGAACCAGUUGCUCAGGUACCUUGGCUGUCUGUUGCUAUGGGAGAUUGGAAGACUGUUACAGUGCCACUACUGUCAUCAGCUUGCAAAACCACUUCUCAGAAUACCUCAGAAAAAAAGAUGUCCCCCUCAAGUUUAAACAUGCAACAAGUGCUACGCUCGCCACUGCCUUUGUCCAAAAGUACGCACAGCUUUUUCAGUGCCUUCUGCACAGAAGAGAAUGUUGAACAGAGUAUCUUCUAUCUUAACAGGGAGCUGACAACAUUAGGUUUCCCUUCUCUUUAUUCGGAGUGCAAAGAUAAAGAAUUAAAUAUAGUAUCGGUCUUAAAUUGUGUGAAUGAAUUGCUUGUACUCCAACGCAAGAACCUCCGAGCUCAGGAAGAGGUGGAAAUCCAGCAUCUGAAAUUGGGUAGUGAUAUGGACCACCUGCAGAACUGCUAUGCUAAAGUAAAGGAGCAACUGGAAGCUUCUAGAAGGGAAAUAGUGGGACUUCAAGAAAGAGACAGACAACAACAAUGUAAGAACAGAAAUCUGCACCAGUUACUUAAAAAUGAAAAAGAUGAGGUACAAAAAUUACAAAAUAUUAUUGCAAGUCGUGCUACUCAGUACAAUCAUGAUAUGAAGAGGAAAGAAAGAGACUACAACAAACUAAAGGAACGCUUACAUCAACUAGUCAUGAACAAAAAGGAUAAAAAAAUAGCUAUGGAUGUUCUAAAUUACGUAGGUAGAGUUGAUGGAAAGAGAGGUGCUUGGAGAACUGGUAAAACAGAAGCCAGGAAUGAAGAAGAAAUGUAUAAAGUUUUGCUAGGUGGUUAUGAACAAUGCCAAAAACAGCUUCUAGUGGAAAAUGCUGAGCUCAAGAAAGUUCUUCAGCAAAUGAAGAAAGAGAUGAUUUCACUUCUCCCACCACAGAAACAGAAACCCAAGGAAAGAGCUGAAGAUGGCAUUGGUCCUGUGCUAUCAGACAUGGAGGAAGAUGCUGUAGAAUUAAAUAAAGAGAAUAUGUGGGAACUUUCUUGUGAAACUGUGCGAGAACAGCUUACCAACAGCAUUAGAAAGCAAUGGAGAAUGCUGAAAAAUCAUGUUGAAAAACUGGAUAAUCAAGUGUCACGUGCGCAUUCAGGGGCUUUGAAUGGCAGUGAUGUAAUUUCAAGAGAGGACCAUGAAUUGGAAACUGAAAAGCUAGAAUUAGAAAUUCAGCAGUGCAAAGAAAUGAUCAAAACUCAGCAACAACUAUUACAGCAGCAGCUUAUGUCUCCAUGUGAUGAUGAUGAUGAUGAUACCUCUGUGUUACUACAGGACUGUUAUUUGUUGGAAGAAAGAGAGCGCCUCCAGGAAGAAUGGAAACUAUUUAGAGAACAAAAAAAGAACUUUGAGAGAGAGCGAAGAAGUUUUACAGAAGCUGCUAUUAGAUUAGGACUUGAGAGAAAGGCAUUUGAAGAAGAUAGAGGAGCUUGGCUGAAACAACAGUUUUUGAGCAUGACUUCUGAUCACAAGAACUCAGAACAUGUGAAAACUCAAAGUGCCUACUCAGGAAGCAAGUAUUUAACUCGCUAACUUUUAUAAAUUUCAUAAAACUAUUAUAACGUUUUAUUUUCUCUCUCUCAGCGGGAAGAUACAUACACAAGGAAAUGGAGACUUUCUAAGUAUAAAGAGAAUUCAUGAUAUCGUAUAAAAAACAUUAAAAAUCUAUGUGCAGGUCAGGGUUGCUAGGCUCUCUUGGUAGUUCACCUAAGAAGGGAAUCCUGAUGAUCCAGUCAUGGCUACAUGAUAAACCCCUUUUUGAGAGGGGACCUGUUGAAUGUCAAUUAUAUAACAGAACUCUUAGCAUUAAAUAGCAUGUUUAAUUAGUGAAUCAAAUGGGAGGCACUGUGAAUAUUGAUAAGAACAGAAAAAUAAGAUGACAUGUGGACAGCUGAAGAGAUUAGAAAUAAGGGUAGGAACUGGAAGCAUCAUCCUGGAAAUAUUUGUAUCUAAGAGAGAACCCAAAACAUAGCUAUUCAAUGGAAAAGAAGCAACUUGGAAAACCAUAGUAGUGAAAGCGAUGCUAGUGAUGGUAAUAAAAAGGAAGUUGGCUGAAUACGGCCAUAAUUCCAAUGCUAUAUCAUCUGCAGUGUGAUUUGGGAUGAUUAUCACUUUCUUUGGAAACCAAUUGAAAAUAUUUGUGGCUAUUAUGGUACAAAGAUUUUUUUUUCUAACAUUCAUAAUUCUGGAAUAUGUAAUUUUCAUAUCCCAUCAUAAACACAGAAUUAACACUUGAAAACUUGCUUCGUUUCCUGUGAUUUUUUUCAGCCUUUUAUCAGUGUUAGAUACUUUUUUUUUUUUUCACUUCCAAAUUUGCACAUGCACAGUUUAGUUUGCACCCUUGAGCACAGGUUACUCUGCUUUUUCUCUUUAAAAAAAAAAAAAUCGUUAAAUGAAUCGUGAUCCUGGAAGCCAACAUUUAAACAUAAAUAUGAGCUAACAACUGGCACCUAAAGAUAGACACUUAAGUAAAUAUGGUCAGAAGAUAAAGCGACUUUCCUCCUCCACUCCAGUGCCACUCUGCUGCUCCUUCCAAUGUUCAGCACCCCUGGUCUUGCUGUAGACCUCUCUCUACAUGGAAUUAUUUUCCUUAGUAUGAAACGUUUUAUGUUUAGGGACAGAAUUAAGAUUAUUUGGGUGCUGUCAUUAAAAAAAAAAUAAAAUGUUUUAUUGGUGUCAGACUUGUGUGCUAUAGCAUUUGUGAUGUUUUCAUACUUGCGGAUUUUUGUGUGUGUGUAUGUUAAGUGCAUUUUAAGAGAGAAUGUAGCAUUUAACAGCCCAGCCUGCAGCUUAGAUUUGAUGGUAUGUAAGAAUAUAAAAAUUAAAGAAUUCCUUUGUCAUGUAAAGGAUCACCAUCUUGAUAUAAUGCCAUUUGGAUACUUUUACAUAAUGGUUAUCAUUAGAAUGAUUUUUUAAAAAUCUAUCUAUUUUUACUUUAGUUUUAUGGCUUUGUUACGUUACACUCCAAAGUACUAUAACCUUACAGGAAGUGCCAUGUAAUACUGAAUAAUUCUGCUUGCCCACCUUUUUGAAGCCUUUUCAAAUCUAAAAAUGAAAAGGAAUUACAGGGCCCUGAUCCAACUCCCAUUGUAGUUAAUGCAGAUCUUCUCAUUCACUUAAAUGAGGGACUAAAAUAGAAAGUGCUAAGCAAUGUUAUCUAUUCAGUUUAAUUUCUUUUGGACUUUGGGCUAGUUGAUGAGCUUUCAUAUUGACAUAAGUGACUUUUGCAUGGGUGUUGCCAGGUUUCCUGGACUCUAAAGUAAUUCUUGAAUCAAUUGAAAUAAGGUUUGCUAAACAAGAAGUAAAAACCUGAUCCGGAAGACACUCAUAUGAGUAUCUUUAAACACAUGAAUAGUGCCAUUGACUACAGUGUGACUAUUUGUAUUCAGAUUUUUUUGUUUUCAAGUUAAAUAUUUACAAAAACAAAAGACAGCAUCUAUACUGAUUUCAACAUCAUUUUUAGUCCAAUACAUCCAAUAAUAAUGAAGGCUAAGAUUAUAUCGCAGAGGUUGCGGGGACCCUGCAGGUUCCCAGACGCCGCUGGCCUCAGAGAGACCCCAGAGCUGCUCAGUGGCAGCUCCCCACCUGCUGCCACUGGCAAGGGAUUCCCCCUUCCCCCUCCAUCUCCUAGCCUAACAGGGCAGCGGGGAACCCCUCCCAGCCACUGGGCAAUGGGGUCCCUGUAGCUCCCAGCCACAGUGGGGAGAGAGUAGGGGCGCAGCAGGGUGCUGGACUCCCCUCCCUCCCCGUUUUGCCUGGGGAUGUUUUUAGUAAAAGUCAGGGACAGGUCAC